AUGACUACACCUACAGCCACACCUGCAAAUUCACUCGUCAAUGACACCUUGGUAGUGAACUCUACUGCCAUUGGACUUAACGCAACGGCGUUUGACAACUUCCUGAAUAUUACGACUUUGUACAACAUUACGACCCCGGAAGAUGCAUUUGAACAAUACCCCGAGGGAGCUUCUCUGUUUGAUGCCCUGGCUGCUUUUGAAAAAGAGACAAACCUCGUGGGCAGUGCAACAUCAGAGCAUGUUUCAGCAUAUUAUGUGCAUAAAGCCGCCAUGGCUGGCAUCGAAUGCCAUAACGAAACAUACCAAAUGUUGAGCCAUGGACGCUUCCUUAGAGCCAAUUACACGCAGGCUUUGAAGUACGGGCACGUUUACGGAAAUAUCACUGCAAAGAGUGGCUCUUGUGUGACCAAAGGCAUGACAAGAUUGAACACCAGUAACCAAAAGCGAUUUUUUGGUGCUCUUUUUGCCAAUGCGGCUCUUUGGUUUUCAGGAAUCUCAUUCGCUGGCCAACUCUUCAAUGCGGCAUGCCAAGUCACCAAUCAGUUUAACCAACACUCUGUCGGACGGCCUGUGUGUAUCGGAGCCAGCAUCUUAACAGCAAUGGGCGGUGGAUCGAACCUUUGGCAAGCUUGGAACACUCCCCAAACGGCUGUUACGCAAACUCCUUCGUUUAAUGACUAUCAAGUAUGGCAAACAGGCAGUGGAUAUCAAUUCGAGAUGGACGGACUUUCUAAACGCAGUACCAAUGCUUCAUCUGGUUUUGACUGGCAUUCAGAAAUGCCCGGCAUGCUCCAUGGCUAUGAGAGCAGGAAUUUGACAUGGGCGGAAUUUUACGGAGCUAACAUCACCCACCCGGGCUCCUACUAUUACGAUGGAUCGCGUGGUGGCAUAGCCAUGCCGAUGACAUUUUUCCAUCAACCACACCCAACAAACGCCAGUCGUAUGACGACCCAUGUUGGAAUCGAUCUCACAGGAAAGUCUAUCCGCAAACGCGAGAUGAUGUUGAGAAAGCGUCAGAAUCCCACCGACCAAAGAACUUGGUGCAAUGGAGGACCAUCAGUUGCAACCUUUGAACCUCCAGAAAACGAUGUACCUGCCUGGGAGGUAGGGUACUGCGAUGAGGAUGACAACUCGGGAGAGUCAGCAGAUGGUGGCGCUGGAGCAUUAUACUACGGCUUUGACUCAUACGCACCGAACGAGAAUUCAGCCUUGGGAUGGGACAUGGGUCUCGAUGAUUCGGGAGACCAACAAGGGUUUAAGGAUGCAUAUGACGCAGUCUAUGAGCAAGUUUCUGGAGAUCAGAUUUGGGAUUCGUGCGUCUGUAUGCAGGAAAAUGGACAGUGGACUAACACCGGAUCCCUUCAGUAUUCUUGGGAUAAUACCUAUAAUGGGUAUUCGGAGUGCUGGAAUGCUAACUGUGAUGGUGGAGGUGAUUAA